CUCCUGGGCCGUGACUGGACGUCCACGCCCUUUGCUUGCAGCCUGGAGGUGGACGAAACUCGUCUUCUUCUCCAGACCCAUAGAGAGCUCACCGGCUCUUACCUCCAGCCGAGCGGCCGUGCGCGCUCGUCUGGGCUUUCCCUGCCGUUCUACUCAGGUCCCGCCCCCUUUCACUCCGGCAGUUGCGAAACUGCGGAGACUGGAUUCCAGCUGCCGAAUCGGCUGAGCGGCUCCGGGCGGCGCAGUGCGCAGGCGCGAGCGUCUGGGACCCGCGGCGCGCGGCGCUCGGUUGAAGCGGGAGUGAGUUCCUGGGCGCGGAGAGGCGGUAGCCGGCGUCCGAGCAAGCGAGUGACCGGGUGCCUCCUCUGCAGCCAUGGCAGCCCUGCGCUACGCUGGCCUGGACGACACGGACAGCGAGGACGAGCUGCCCCCGGGCUGGGAGCAGAGAACCACCAAGGACGGCUGGGUUUACUAUGCCAAUCAUACCGAGGAGAAGACUCAGUGGGAACAUCCGAAAACUGGAAAAAGAAAGAGAAUAGCAGGAGAUUUGCCCUACGGAUGGGAGCAAGAAACCGAUGAGAACGGACAAGUGUUUUUCGUCGACCACAUCAAUAAAAGAACUACCUAUUUGGACCCAAGGCUGGCGUUCACCGUGGAUGAUAACCCUACAAAGCCAACCGCCAGACAGCGUUACGACGGCAGCACCACUGCCAUGGAGAUCCUGCAGGGCCGGGACUUCAGUGGCAAAGUGGUCGUCGUCACCGGAGCCAAUUCAGGAAUAGGGUUUGAAACCGCCAAGUCUUUUGCCCUCCAUGGUGCGCACGUGAUCCUGGCCUGUAGGAAUAUGACAAGAGCCAAUGAAGCCGUGUCACGCAUUUUAGGAGAAUGGCAUAAAGCCAAGGUAGAAGCAAUGACCCUGGACCUCGCUGUGCUCCGUAGUGUGCAGCAUUUUGCUCAAGCAUUCAAGGCCAAGAAUGUGUCACUGCACGUGCUUGUGUGCAACGCGGCAGUAUUUGCUCUGCCCUGGAGCCUCACAAAGGACGGCCUGGAGACCACCUUUCAGGUGAACCACCUGGGGCACUUCUACCUUGUUCAGCUCCUCCAGGAUGUCUUGUGCCGCUCAGCCCCUGCCCGGGUCGUUGUGGUCUCCUCCGAGUCCCACAGAUUUACCGAUAUUAACGACUCCUCGGGGAAACUAGACUUCAGCCGCCUCUCUCCGUCGAAAAACGACUACUGGGCCAUGCUGGCUUACAACCGGUCCAAACUCUGCAACAUCCUCUUCUCCAACGAGCUCCAUCGCCGCCUCUCCCCACGCGGGGUCACAUCGAAUGCGGUGCACCCCGGAAACGUGAUGUACUCCUCCAUCCAUCGCAGCUGGUGGGUGUACACGCUGCUCUUCACCCUGGCCAGACCCUUCACCAAGUCCAUGGUCUUUGCAUUUGGUGAUGCUGUGUAAUGCCACAUGUACUAUCAGAGGAGACUGCUUUUGUGCAUGCAUGUUAAAAACAAGAAUAAAACCAACCCCUAUUCCUGCAAUUUUGGUACUUUGCCACCAGGUGGUGGUAGUGUAUCUUGAUUAAGGAAUCUGACCUGCUAGGUGUAGGCAUUCAUCUAUGUAUUCACUGAAUAACCUUCAUUGAGGGUAGAGCAUGGUUUAGAUGUUAUGGAUAUAGAAAUAACUUACAGUUGUGUCUUGAGAAGCUUACUGACUAGUGGCAUAUACUUUGUAGUCAAAGAUGACAGGGUUUUUCAUACAACCCAGGAAUCCCACUCCUGGGCUUGUAUCCAGAAGGAAAUCUACUUCAGGAUGACACCUGCACCCCAAUGUUCAUAGCAGCACUAUUUACAAUAGCCAAAACAUGGAAACAGCCUAAAUGUCCAUCAACAGGUGACUGGAUAAAGAAGAUGUGGUAUAUUUAUACAAUGGAAUACUACUCAGCCAUAAAAACCGACAACAUAAUGCCAUUUGCAGCAACAUGGAUGCUCCUGGAGAAUGUCAUUCUAAGUGAAGUAAGCCAGAAAGAGAAAGAAAAAUACCAUAUGAGAUCGCUCAUAUGUGGAAUCUAAAAAACAAAAACAAAAACAAACAAACAAACAAAAACAAAGCGUAAAUAAAGGACAGAAAUAGACUCACAGACAGAGAAUACAGACUUGUGGUUACCAGGGGGGUGGAGGGUGGGAAGGGAUAGACUGGGAUUUCAAAAUUGUAGAAUAGACUACACUGUAUAGCACAGGGAAAUAUACACAAAAUGUUAUGAUAACUCACAGAGAAAAAAGGUGACAAUGAGUGUGUAUAUGUCCAUGAAUAACUGAAAAAUUGUGCUGAACACUGGAAUUUGACACAACAUUGUAAAAUGAUUAUAAAUCAAUAAAAAAUGUUAAAAAAAAAAGAUGACAGGGUUUUUUUUUAACUGAAUUCACCCAUA